AUGCCGUCGAACGAAGAGUUACUCAACAACUUUCUCAAGACAUAUUCCUACGCAACCAAAUAUAUCAAGUGCAUCCGCAUUCAAUGGGUCGAUUACUCAGGUGUGCUGCGAGCUCGCUUCCUCCCAGUCUCCCGCUGCCUGGAAAUCGCUAAAAACAACGAAACCCUCCGCCUCGCCCAGAACAGCAUGCUAAUACCUAUCUCCACUGCUCCACGAAUGUUCUCUAUCGGCGAUUACCAUGAGACAUGGAAUCUGCAGCCAGACUGGUCUUCCCUGCGCCGCUGCGGCUUCAAGAACAAUCACGCUUCGGUCAUGAGCUUCGUCGAUCAGAAAGACUCCGCAUCGAGAUUCGACAAGUGUCCACGCACACUUCUUGUACACACUCUUGAGCGCCUCAAGAAAGAACUGGGUGCAGACGUCCUAGUAGGCUUUGAGAUUGAAUUUGUCCUCCUUGAUGAGUCGAACAACAUCAUCAAGCCACUGGAUCGACUGAAUGGAUACUCGAGGCCCGCUGGACUACGGGGAGAGACGCUGGACCUCGUUGAGGAGAUUGUUGAUGCCCUUAAGCAGUCCGGCAUCAAUAUCCAUCACUUUCACGCAGAGGCUUGGGAUCAGCUGGAGAUUGCUCUAGCGGCCGAGCCUGCAUUGAAAGCUAUAGACUCGCUGAUUAUGGCCCAAGAAACGAUUCGAACAAUCUGCAUACGCCGAAACCUCAGGGCAACCAUGACUCCAAACCCGACACUGACGGGACCGCUGAGCGGCUUACACCUCCAUCUUUCCCUCGGCAAGCUGGAGGGUGGCUCCGGGGAUAAUUUCAUAGCCGGCGUUCUCAACCAUAUGGGCUCGCUAUGCGCUUUUGGCAUGGCCAACUAUGACAGUUAUGUGCGCUCCGUGGAUGAUGCUACCGGAUCAUGGAUCGGGUUUGGCACAGACAACCGCGACUUGCCGGUGCGAAAGAUUGAUGAGUUGCACUGGGAGUUUCGCAUGAUGGACGGCACCUCGAACCCAUAUCUAUUUGUCGCGUCCGUUCUGCUUGCUGCCCUGGACGGAGUCAAGAGUGAGACCAAGUUGCUAUGGAAGGAUUGCAAGUUCUUCCCCCAGUCGAUGGACGAGAGGAAACGGGCCGAGUAUGGGAUGGAUCGAAGCAUGCCAACAACUCUCAAAGAAGCGUUGGACCACCUGAAGAACGACGAGGAUUUCAAGACCUGGAUCCCUGAGGACUUAAUGAAGUGGUACAUAUCUGUCAAGGACAAGGAGGUCGAAACGUUUGGGAAGAUGUCCGAUGAGCAGCGGCGGCUCCGCUUCCUCGAGUACUUCUGA